GCCACGCUAUGUCGCAAUGUGUCGAUCUGGCUACUUGGGAAAGAGCUCUUUACCAAUUUUGGACCGCCCGUCCCGACCUCGCUAAACUAGCGGACGAUCGCUUCAAGUUAUGGAACAGGAUUGCUGGCGCCUUGUUUUCGCCUCUCCUCAAACAAUGGAAACGGGACAUACCUCGGUGGUCACGAGCACUCCCUGCUUUGGCAAGGGCGGAGCGUGAGGGUAGAAAGACUGAGACUUUGAACAUGUAUGGCGCACAACAUGAGGCUUUAAUGGCGGAAAUUACUGUUCAUCCCCUACCCCGAGCCCUCGCUUUCAUACGCUCGCAGUCUGCGACCCAGAAUCGUAAGGAAGACUGCACAGAGCCAACGCCCUCUCGUCUGCCGGUUGCGCGUCCAGUCGAGCCCUCGCAAGAGCAGCUGCUAGGCCAUCCAAUCGGACAUGCACCCACGAACUCGGAAUCUCAGCAACCUAAUCCGCCCACAGAGGCUCACGAGCAUCUGAUGGACGUCGAGGCCGAUAUCGCUUUCACAGGACCCGAUCUGCAUGCGUCAGCCGUAACCGACCCUUCGCCGGCGCCUUCCCCUCUUGGAGAACCUUCCUACUCAUCGCCGCCCUUACCUGGGCCAUCCUCGCCACCGAAACCACUUGAUAUUGAGCCAGGUCGCGGUACUCGUCAGCGGCAGUCGGAUGCAUCGCCGACGAGGUCUCGUCCCCCGUCAAUUUCGCGAGGGCAUAAACAGAUACCCUCGUCACCCUCAAUGCUCCUCCCAGUAGCUGAUGCUCCGACGAAUGUCUCUGGUCAAAAGGUGGAUAACCAUUCCGAAAACGUAAUUUCGGAAUCUGGUCAUCCACCGGCUACCGGGACGCCAUUGACGCCAAUAGCAGCUGUUCAGGGAAGCUCAUCUAGCAAUGACCCGCUGAGGUCUUCCUCGAAAGCCGAGUCACCUCUCACCCAUCAGUCACGACAAGAGAAGGUCGAAGAGAGCCUGGUUACCCACUGGACACCGUUACUCAGUGUCGUGCAACAAAAGUCAUCGUCGCGCCAGUUUUCUUUCUGGCAUCCCAGUUCGUUGGCGUGCCAGAGCGAUUCUGAGGUCGAUGAGCUUAUUUCCAGCGACUCGUCAAAAAAACGGUCUAGCAAUCCGGGCGAAUCUCCGAAUCGAAGAGCGCGCGAUGUAACCCAGGCGACUUCUCGACGUCCUAGUGGUUCAGAGAUCGAACAGUUGCCCAUAAGAAGACCGGGUCGGAGGAACGACCCAAGACCGCCGUGGGAGAGGCCUAAUAGGAGGGCGGAGUCUAGUAAAUACAUGUUACAUUUCACUUCACAACAGGUAAAUAAACCAACUUC